UCAGAUCUGAAUUACCUAAAAUCUCGAGCUUAUCUGCGAAUAACUUCACGCGGUAAAUCCAAAAGUCUGUGAAUCCGUGCCGCCGAUGAUUUUCGCGGAAAAUGGCAUUUUCGCAAUCGCAUCAACAAGAACUGAUUGAACUAGCCGAAAUAACGGGAAUCUCCACGGUACCCGGAGUUUUUCGAAUUGUAUUGGAAUUAUUAGCGUUACAAGUAUCUCCGGAGGAUAUUUACACCCUUCUUAAACAAAUAUCGACGAGAUCAUCGAAAUCGCUGAACCAACAGACAACAAACGAGAAUGCGCUAGCUUUUGUCUCAUCUAUGAAACAAUGAUCUUGUAUAUUAGUUU